AUCAUUUACCAACAACCUACUUUUGGCUGUUAGCUGAAUGAUCAAACAUUAUUUAUCCAACCACAAACACACACAGUGAGUUAGCAGCUAGACUUGAAAUAAUGUGAAAUUAUUUUACAACAUCGUAUCAUUGUCAUUGUCACAUGAAGUGACAUAUCUGGCUACUUACCACAAAGCGUGUGUUUAUUUAAGUCUUUUAAGAUCGUGUAAACCCACAUUAGCAUGCUAAGCAACGUCUGUAACACGUCAGAUAAGCUACAAAUCCUGAAAAAAACGCUGUUUAGUCAAAGCUUGUUGCUUCUUGGUAGUUAUGGGCUUUAUUUGGGUGACUUACCAGUAGUUUAUUGUAGCGAAAUCAAUACAGAAAGGAAAACAGUCGGUUAGCUUUGUGCUAGCUAGUGACCGGUAAACCGAAAACGGAAAUGAUGUUGGGAUUUCUCUCUUGCUGAGACGUUGAUGUUGACAAUUUUCAAACGGGUGACACGCCGACUGUUUAAAGCUUCCACGUUUAAAUUGCAAGUUACCGAGCUGUUUUUUGUUUGAACAUUUUGGCAACAUAUUUUUAUUUAUUUUUGUAGAUGUUUAUUAUUAACUGGGAGUGUUUGCAGUGGCUAGUUGGCUAGUUGAGGGAAGAAAUGGUGGUUUUCAACUGCCGGGAGUGAGCUAACUAGUUAACAUAACACGCUAGUUGGCUUUUUAUUUUAACGCUGUGUGACAUGUAGCAUCAGGUGUGUGACGUCAGCUGGACCUGGACAGGUAUGAAUGCUGCAAAGAGAGAAAUCAACGUAAAAAGAGUUUCCUCAAGAAAAAGGUCGAGAGACAUCCUGAAGACUCACCUGACACCUGCCAGAAAGGGAGGAGGAGGAGGAGGAGAGCAAUGUCCCAGAAACUGGAGGCUCAGCAGCAUCAUGGCUGAUAUAAAAACUGAGUACUGCAGUGACAGUGAGGACUUAUUUGGGGACUAUGACAGCAUCUUGGAGGACAGCUCUCUCUUGGCAAAGCUGGACGAUGCAGAGCAAAACGAAAGGCAGCGUGACCUCCAGACCGAAGCUGUGGAUCAGCGAGACUUCACGACUCUGCGUCCAUCGAAAGACGGCGUCUGGAAACAGUCCUGCGAGGACAUCCUCACAGACUCCAUCUUGGACGGCCUCGGAGACGAACCCUUCGAGGACUUACCGGCCAGCCGGCUGGAAUUUCAAGAACGAGUUCAUGAAAAUGCAAAGAGGAGCAAACUGCAGGACGGAGAUAAAACCUCUACACCUUUUAGAAACUCUGACGUAGAAAGAAACACGGAGGAUAAAACCAAGAGACAGAUGAAGGCGAGGAGGAGCGUGACCGACCAGCUGAAGAGGACGAUGCUCUGCAACGCCGCCGCUCCCUCCGAGGUUUCUCGCUCUGUGGUGCUGAAAGAAGCGGUGGUUUCUGAGGAGAUCAGCGUCGCCAUGCAGGCCAUGGAGACUGUAUCUGCUCAGACAACCGACCUCGGACCUUUCUUUGGACUUCCCACCAAAGUGAAGGAACUCAUCUACAAACUGAGAGGAAUCAAGAGCCUUUAUGAUUGGCAGGAGACGUGUCUGAACCUGGACUGUGUUCAUCAGAGGAAGAAUCUGAUCUACUCGCUUCCCACCAGCGGAGGGAAAACUCUUGUCGCAGAGAUCCUCAUCCUCAGAGAGCUGCUGUGCAGGAAGAUGGACUGUCUGUUCAUCCUACCGUACAUAUCACUGGUGCAAGAGAAGGUACGUGGGUUAGCGAGCUUUGGCCUGGAGCUGGACUUCAUGGUGGAGGAGUACACUGGCAGCAAGGGCAAGUUUCCUCCAGUGAAGAGACGAAACCAGAGGUCUCUGUACAUCGCUACAAUAGAAAAAGCUCACAGCCUGGUCAACUCUCUGAUCGAGACCGACAGGCUGGAUAACCUCGGGCUGCUGGUGGUCGAUGAGCUUCACAUGCUGGGCGAUGGCAGCAGAGGGGCUGUUAUUGAAAUGACUCUGGCUAAAGUUCUGUAUAUGAGCAAAGGGUGUUAGAAGAUGUUGCUGAUUUGAGGUUCUGCAGGUUGUCCUGAUGCCAUUUGGAUCUGGCUGAGCUGCCUGGUGAUGUGAGCAUCUCCCCCGGCUGUGAUGUACAGCUCUGUGUAGAUAUCAUCCAGAAUCUUUGCAUCCUUCUUUGUUGUCCAUCCUUCUUGUAUGCACAUAAACCUGUCCUGGAGGUUAGAUUGAAGCCUUGUUUGGUACAAUGUGAUGGUUCGUAGAAGCUUUGGUUCAUCUGUGUAGAAUAAUGUAAAAUAACCAGAACAAAGUGUUAAGUCUUUCUACCAAGUAGCCUUGAAUAGAUUAUUUUAAAUAAAUAAAUACAUAACUGGA